AAAAUGGGUAAAAGGUGGGGUCCGUGAAUUGAUCAAAAUUGGUGGCCCUGGCCUCGCCUCAUCCUCCUCCUAUUCCUCCACGAGAUUAAUAAUAAAUGAGCAAAAGAACUGACUGAAAUGACCUCAACUCAACCAAUAUCUAUUCUUCUCCAUCCUCAAACCCUAAAAUUAAAACACUGCGUACCUACCUAAUACAAAUACAAAUACCACCAAAAUCAAUCCUUUUUCCCUUCAUUUGUCAAACCUCACAUUCUUUCUUCUCUUCUCCACCUCCACUUUCCUUUAAUUUCAUCAUGUCUCAAGACUUCACACAAUUCUACUAUCACCAACCAUUAACAGUUCAUCAUGACGACGCCCAUUCCUCCGCUUAUAAUACUGAUCAUGACGCCUCAAAUACCUUUUCCGCGGAUCAUUCCUCACUUCACAAUGACCUGCAGAGUUUUGAUCCUUCAUACCUGAGCUUUACUGAGUUUUUGCAUGGAUCCUGCACCGGCCACGACUCCUUCUUGGAUGCCUUCGGCUUAUCGCCUUCGGAGCGGACGCCGGUGGUGGAGGCUGCUGGAGGCGGUGAAACCCCAGCGACUCCUACCUCUUGGAUUUCCACGGAGGCAGCUGCAGGCGACGAAGAUUCCAACAAGGGUAAAAAGGAAGUAGCGAAGGAAACCCUUGAAGAUGCAGAAGACGACAGCUCUAAAAAAUUAGACGGUAAAUCGAAGACGAAAAAAGGAGAGAAGAAGCAAAGAGAAGCACGAUUUGCGUUCAUGACUAAGAGCGAGGUUGAUCAUCUGGAAGAUGGGUACAGAUGGAGAAAAUACGGGCAGAAGGCAGUCAAAAAUAGCCCUUAUCCAAGAAGCUACUACAGGUGCACAACCCAAAAAUGCCCAGUGAAGAAACGCGUGGAGAGAUCAUUCCAAGACCCUUCAAUUGUGAUCACCACCUACCAAGCCAAGGGCAGCCACCACGUACCGGUGACUCUCCGCGGAAACAUGGUGGCCGGAGUGUUUGCCCCUUCAAUGCUAAGUACUCCACCGCUGCUGGAGCGUCCGCCUCAUCAACAACUCAUAGCUCAGAUGCCUCAGUACCUCUAUAGUACAAUAAGCAACGUGCAUGAUCAUGAUCGUCAUCAGCACUUCCAGUACCAGAGCUCUCAGUUGCACGAUGUAAUUCCUCCUGUAUUUCCCAAACAGGAGACCUGAGACUUUCCAAAUUCUAACAGCUCCAGGGUUUAAUUUCUUUGUGAUUUAUUAAUUAUCUCUCAUUUAAUGGUCUUUGCUGACCGGACAAUAUAUUGGCCUUUUUGGUAUAGA